GAAUCCCUUCAGUCUGAAGGCUGGGCGCAAGGAAAGGACGAUCGAAGGGGGCCCGGCGAGACAAAAUACCCUUCACCUAUGGCUGUUUAGAGCAGAUCGGGCACAUUUGGGAUUGUAGAAGGGACAUCAUUUUCAAAUAAACAGAGGUCGCCUUGUGCACAUUUGUGGGCGCCCGACCAUGGAGAGGCCAAGGUGGUCCCCAAUGUGGAAAACGAAAAGGUGGCUUUUGGAUUCCACUGUUUUCAAAUUCAUCACAGUUUCCCUCGUCCUGGUUCUGCAGGCUCCAAAUGUCAGAGCAGCAGAACCUGUGGAUGUCCUAAAAGUAUUAGAAAUUCACACUAUCCCAGAAGGAGUACAGAAAACUUCAGGAUUUUGCACAAACCGAAGAGCAUCACAGCCGGACACAGCCUACAAAAUAGGCAAGAAUGCCCAGAUCAGUGCCCCAACCAAGCAGCUUUUCCCAGAUGGUGUGUUCCCUGAAGACUUUUCCAUCCUAACCACCAUCAAGCCCAAAGCUGGAAUCCAGUCCUUCCUUUUGUCCAUCUACAACGAGAAAGGCGUCCAGCAACUAGGCGUGGAGGUGGGCCGUUCACCUGUCUUCCUGUACGAGGAUCAGACAGGCAAGCCUGCCCCGGAGGAUUACCCCCUGUUCCGCUCCCUCAACCUAGCCGACGGAAAGUGGCAUCGUGUAGGCAUCAGUGUUGAGAAGAAAACUGUUACCAUCGUUGUUGACUGCAAGAAGAAGCUGACAAAGACUUUGGGCAGGAGUGACCAUGCUGGUAUUGACACCAAUGGUAUAACCAUUUUUGGCACCAGGAUCCUGGAUGAGGAAGCGUUUGAGGGUGAUAUCCAACAACUGCUGAUUGUGGCCGACCCUAAAGCAGCUUACGACUACUGUGAAAACUACAGCCCAGACUGUGACGUCCCCCACAAGGACACACUGCAAGCACAGGAGCCUGGAGAGGAGUACACAACUGCUGUUGAAUACGGUGAUUUAUAUGAUUAUUAUGAGGGAGCGACCCCCACAUCGACAGAUGAAUAUUCUGAGCCGCAGCCUAACAAUGUAGAUGGGGAGUACUAUACAGACAGUGAACUUGACUACAGAACAGUAGAUGCUUCCCAAACUCAGUCUCCUGUCGCAACCACUGGACCAAACCAGGCUGUGGAAGAGGAAGUUUUCAGUGACUAUGUCACUGAGACAGCCCAGGCUGGUCUGGAUCCGACCGCUGCCCCAGAGGCCGCGCUGCCCAGCGGCACUGCCGACCCCAUCAGAGUGGACGCGUAUGACUUUAAGGAGUAUGAUCUUAAGGAAUAUGAUGUGACUGGGCUUGACAAAAAUCAAUAUGAGUAUGGGGCGUACGAUGAGUUUGGCAAUGUGGCUCCAAACCCUACAUCCGCUUAUGAGGACAGUUUUGGGCCAGGGGUUGCCGCAGAAAAAGACAUCGCUGAAACAGAAGUGACGUCGGACGUAAGUAUUGACCCCCCAAACGAGGGUGUCGUCCAGUACUCGGAUUGUUGGAUAUGGGAAUCUAGCAUGCAUUGUUGGCUUUGUAGUGCACUAUUUCGCAUGGGGUCCAUCCAUUUUUUUUGUUCGGUGCGUUGGUUUAUACUUAUCUUUCUCUACUGGAUAAGUGUCAAAUUACUGAUUUAUCCCUUCUCUCUUUCUCUCCCGCUCUUCCUGCUUCCCCAGGGUCCUUCCGGCCGUGCUGGUCUUCCCGGAGCGGAUGGCUUGCCAGGCCCCCCUGGUACUAUGCUGAUGCUGCCAUUCCGUUUUGGCGGUGAUGGGGAAAAGGGUCCAGUGGUGUCGGCUCAAGAAGCCCAGGCUCAGGCCAUUCUUUCUCAGGCCAGGCUCGCCAUGAGAGGUCCAUCAGGUCCAAUGGGUCUCACUGGAAGAUCUGGCCCAGUGGGUCUUCCAGGUUCUCCUGGACUGAAAGGAGAGAGUGGAGACCAUGGUCCUCAGGGUCCGAGGGGUAUCCAAGGCCCACCAGGGCAAAUGGGAAAACUUGGCAAGAGAGGUCGUGCUGGAACCGAUGGGGCCCGUGGAAUGCCUGGAGAAUCUGGAUCUAAGGGUGACAGAGGUUUUGAUGGGCUUCCAGGUCUGCCCGGUGAGAAGGGACACAGGGGUGAGAACGGUCCUCCUGGUUCCCAUGGACCUCACGGAGAGGACGGACCAAGGGGAGAAGAUGGAGAGAUUGGACCAAGAGGACUUGCUGGUGAAAGUGGGCCGCGAGGUCUGCUCGGCCCUAGAGGCCCUCCUGGAGUUCCUGGACAACCUGGCAUUGCUGGUGUUGAUGGUCCACAUGGUCCCAAAGGAAACAUGGGACCCCAGGGAGAGCCGGGCCCUCCUGGUCAACAGGGAAUCCCAGGAACACAGGGUCUUCCAGGUCCACAGGGCCCCAUCGGACCGCCUGGAGAAAAAGGUCCUCAGGGAAGGUCUGGUUUGCCUGGAUUGCCUGGCGCAGAUGGACCUCCUGGCCAUCCUGGUAAAGAGGGUCCACCUGGAGAGAAAGGAGCUUUGGGCCAGACCGGUCCCCAGGGCCCCAUCGGCUAUCCUGGCCCUCGCGGUGUGAAGGGUGCUGAUGGCGUCCGUGGACUGAAGGGAGGCAAAGGAGAGAAGGGCGAGGAUGGUUUCCCGGGUUUCAAGGGAGACAUGGGUCUCAAAGGCGACAGGGGUGAAUUUGGAUUGGCUGGACCCAGAGGUGAGGAUGGACCAGAGGGCCCGAAGGGUCGUGCGGGUCCCAACGGUGAAUCUGGACCCCUGGGACUUGCUGGAGAAAAGGGCAAACUUGGUGUUCCGGGAUUGCCCGGCUAUCCAGGACGUCAAGGGCCAAAGGGUUCGACCGGUUUCCCCGGAUUCCCAGGAGCCAACGGAGAGAAAGGAGCCAGGGGAGUGGCAGGGAAAUCUGGUCCAAGAGGUCAAAGAGGUCCGACGGGUCCCCGUGGUGCACGCGGUGCCAGAGGCCCAACAGGAAAGCUAGGCCCUAAGGGAACAGCGGGCAACGACGGUCCACCUGGCCCACCCGGCGAGAGAGGACCUCAAGGGCCCCAGGGUGCCGUUGGUUUCCCAGGACCGAAGGGCCCCCCUGGACCACCUGGAAAGGAUGGGCUGCCUGGUCACCCUGGCCAGCGGGGAGAAACUGGUUUCCAAGGCAAAACUGGCCCACCAGGACCUGGAGGUGUUGUCGGACCACAGGGUCCAACAGGAGAAACCGGUCCUAUUGGUGAGAGAGGACCAGAGAACCAAGGUUGUCCCCCCGGAGAGCAGGGUCUCCCAGGUGCUGGUGGAAAAGAAGGUGCAAAGGGAGAUCCAGGUCCUCUGGGCAGUCCAGGAAAAGACGGUCCUCCAGGACUGAGAGGGUUCCCAGGAGAGAGAGGUCUUCCUGGAGUGACGGGUCCACCUGGUUUGAAAGGAGCCGAAGGCCCUCAGGGCCCCCCUGGUCCGGUUGGUUCCCCUGGUGAGAGAGGAGCAGCAGGACCUGCUGGCCCCAUUGGGUUGUCUGGACGUACUGGACCCCAGGGACCCCCGGGACCUGCUGGAGAGAAGGGUGCACCGGGAGAGAGAGGUCCUCCAGGUCCAGCCGGUCGGGAUGGAGUACAAGGUCCAGUUGGUCUGCCGGGGCCAGCAGGACCUCAGGGUCCACCUGGAGAAGAUGGUGACAAGGGAGAAGUGGGCGAACCAGGCCAGAAGGGAAGCAAAGCCGACAAAGGUGAACAGGGUCCACCAGGUCCACCUGGUCUUCAGGGAACUAUUGGAGCUCCUGGACCUACUGGAGCUGAUGGUGAACCAGGUCCUCGUGGACAGCAGGGUAUGUUUGGACAGAAGGGAGAUGAAGGAUCCCGAGGCUUUCCUGGACCUCCCGGUCCCAUCGGUCUGCAGGGUCUUCCUGGACCACCUGGUGAGAAAGGAGAAAAUGGAGACGUUGGUCCUAUGGGUCCACCUGGCCCACCUGGUCCCAGAGGUCCUCAAGGUCCUCCUGGUGCUGAUGGUCCACAAGGUCCUCCUGGUGGAAUAGGAGGAAUGGGAUCUGUGGGUGAGAAGGGUGAGCAAGGAGAAGCUGGGAACCCUGGACCUCCUGGCGAGCCUGGACCUGGGGGCCCAAAAGGUGAGAGAGGAGAGAAAGGUGAAGCUGGUCCCCCUGGUGCUGCUGGACCUGCAGGUCCCAAAGGACCCCCUGGAGAUGAUGGACCCAAGGGUAAUCCUGGCCCUGUUGGUUUUCCUGGAGACCCAGGUCCACCCGGUGAGCCAGGUGUUGCUGGAAUAGAUGGAGGCCCAGGAGAAAAAGGCGAGGAUGGAGAGUCUGGUCAACCUGGACCUCCUGGUCCUUCUGGAGAAGCUGGCCCACCAGGACCUCCUGGCAAAAGAGGACCCCCGGGGGCUUCUGGAGCUGAAGGCAGACAAGGAGAGAAGGGCGCCAAGGGUGAGGCAGGAGCUGAGGGUCCACCAGGUAAAACUGGACCAGUUGGCCCUCAAGGCCCUCCUGGAAAGCCUGGUCCUGAAGGUCUACGUGGAAUCCCUGGUCCUGUGGGUGAACAAGGACUUCCUGGUGCUCCUGGACAAGACGGCCCUCCUGGACCAAUGGGUCCUCCUGGUCUCCCCGGCCUGAAAGGAGACCCUGGCUCUAAGGGUGAGAAGGGUCACCCCGGUCUUAUCGGUCUCAUCGGACCCCCCGGUGAGCAGGGAGAGAAGGGAGAUCGGGGUUUGCCUGGUCCUCAGGGCACUGCUGGCAGCAAGGGUGAUUCGGGUAUCAGUGGUGCUUCUGGUCCGAUUGGUCCAUCUGGUCCUCCUGGAUUGCCUGGUCCACAAGGGCCAAAGGGAUCCAAGGGUUCGUCUGGUCCCGCUGGUCAAAAGGGAGACACCGGCUCGGCCGGACCUCCUGGUCCUCCUGGUCCUCCUGGUGAGAUCAUCCAGCCUCUGCCUAUCCAGAUGCCCAAGAAGUCCCGUCGCUCCAUCGACAUGCAAGCGGACGAGGCCGGCACCAUGCUGGACUACGGAGGGGGCAUGGAAGACAUCUUCAGCUCCUUGAAUAACCUCAAACAGGACAUCGAGCGCAUGAAGUACCCCAUGGGCACGCAAAACAACCCCGCACGAAGCUGUAAAGACCUACUGCUCGCUCACCCAGAAUUCUCAGAUGGUGAAUACUACAUCGAUCCCAACCAGGGAUGCCCCGGGGACUCCUUCAAAGUGUACUGCAACUUCACAGCAGGAGGCGAGACCUGCAUCUUCCCUGAUAAAAAGUCAAAUGGAGUGAGGAUAUCUUCAUGGCCCAAAGAGGUUCCUGGCUCCUGGUUCAGUGAAUUUAAGCGUGGGAAAAUACUUCAAUACGUGGAUGCAGAAGGCAACUCAAUAAACAUGGUCCAAAUGACGUUUCUCAAACUACUGACAGCCUCCGCCAGGCAAAACUUGACCUACAGCUGCCACCAGUCGGUCGCCUGGCACGAUGCCACUACGGACAGCUAUGACAGAGCACUACGCUUCCUCGGCUCCAAUGACGAGGAGAUCUCAUACGACAACAACCCCUUCAUCAAGGCCCUGUCAGACGGCUGUGCGGUGAGGAAGGGCUACGGAAAGACGGUACUGGAGAUUAACACUCCCAAGAUCGAUCAGGUUCCGAUCAUCGACGUGAUGUUCACUGACUUUGGGGAUCCCAACCAGAAAUUUGGAUUCGAAGUUGGUCCAGUCUGCUUCCUUGGCUAAAAAACACAGACAAAGAAAA